CCUCAAGUUCAUGUAAAGGGCGGUUCGUCAGCCACAACUGAAACGCGGGGAAAAAAUAAUAAUUAAAAAUAAAAAAAGAGGAAAAACAUCUGCUUAGGGUUUGACUGAUAACGCAAACCGGGUUGAUUGUCGGGUUAAUUACCGGAUUCCGGCAAGUUCGCGGGAUCCCGGCGAAUCUCUAAUAAUACGAUUUGCAAUUUUGGCUCUCCGGGAACCGGGUAUCGAUCGUGCAUUUGUGGGCAAAUCGGCGAGAAACUGCUUAAUCCUGUAGCUUGUCACUCAGAUGCAGCGAAAAUGCUGUUUGGGGGGAGAAAGAGGAAGGGGGUUGUUGACGUCGGGAUCAAUAGACCAAAAAGGCGCCGAGAGUCGUAAAAAGUGGUUUUGAACAGCGGUUUUCCGAAUCGCAAGUUCUGGUGCUUUUUGUAAUUUGACCUUUUUUGUUAUUUUUGAAUUCGUGUAUGCAAUCUGGUGGCACACAACAGGGCGUUGGCGCCCCUGGACAUGGACGGAAUCCGGCGAUGGUCCCGCCCGGCCGGUCAUACUCUUCUUCGGCAUCACCGUCUUCGUCUUCUUCGGCGGUUUCGGCUCCACAUCGAGGGUUUGAUUCGAUUCAGCAGCAGCAGCAACAACAGCAGCAACUCGCGUUUAGGCAGUCAUUGCAACAACUUAGAAAGCCUGAAAGUGAUGAAGCCCUUCUAGCAUAUCAGGCAGGCAGUAUCCAUGGAGUCAUGGGUGGCAACAACUUUCCUCCAUCCUCUGGCUCCAUACGUUUACCUCAACAACCUAGGAAGUUCACUGAUUUGUCUCAGCAACACGGUCCCUCUCAGAUUUGUGGGGAGGGUCAGAAUAAGGGUCACAGCCUAGAUCAGCAUAUUCCAAGCUCAACUCAUCAGGCAUAUGUCCAGUAUGCCAUGCAGGCUGCCCAGCAGAAAGCUUUUGGAAGUAUCCAACAACAGCAACAAGGUAAAAUGGGAAUGGUGAGCCCUUCUGCUGGGAAAGAUCAGGAUCUAAGUAUGGGCAAUCUGAAAAUGCAGGACCUGAUGUCUAUUCAGGCAGCUAACCAGGCUCAAGCAUCUGUACCCAAGAAGUCAGCUGAACAUAUUGCAAAUGGUGAGAAGCAGAUGGGGAAAGGGCAGCAACCAGCUUCUGACCAAAGGGGUGAGUUGAAGCCUCUACCCCAGGUGGCAGCCAUUGGACAGAUGAUGGCAUCAAACAUGGCAAGGUCUGGGCAGGCACCACAAGCUCAGCAAAGUGUCCAAAACAUUGUAAAUAACCAGCUUGUAAUGGCCCAGUUGCAAGCAAUGCAGGCUUGGGCAUUGGAGCACAAUAUUGAUCUAUCUCUGCCUGCCAAUGCCAAUCUGAUCUCCCAAUUCCUUCCCCUUUGGCAAUCCAGAAUGGCUGGCCUUCAGAAGCCAAGUGAGAGCAAUACUCAACAGACUUCAUGUCUGGCUACAAUGUCGAAACAACAACCUAUUUCUUUUCCUCCCAUUGCCAACGAGAACUCCACAAAUGGGAAUUCACCGAAUGAUGUAUCUGGCCAGUUGGGCUCUGCCAAAACGAGACAAUCAGUUGUUUCUGGGCCUUCUCCACCUACCAUAACUGCUGAAUUGGUAAAUUCUAAUAAUACUCAGAUGCAACAGGUUGCUCCUCACAGUCGGGAGGACCAGGUUCCUAGGCAGUCUGCAACAUCUGGAAAUGGAAUGCCCCCCAUGCAUCCACCACAGUCUCCUCUGAAUAUGAGCCAGGGCUUAGAUCAGUCUAUGCAUACAAACAAUGCUAUUAAUGGGUCAGAGACUUCACAAAUGCAAUAUUUCAGGCAGUUGCAGCAAUUGAAUCGAUCCACUUCACAACCUGCAGUUCAGUCCAUUGAAGGGUCAAUGAGCUCUCCCCUUUCAUCUCAUGGUGGAAUGACCCGGAUACCACAACAGCGUCUUGGAUUUACCCAGCAACAACUGCAUGUCCUUAAGGCCCAAAUAUUAGCAUUCAGACGCCUGAAGCGUGGGGAAGGCAGUCUACCUCAAGAGGUUCUUCAAUCAAUUGCCCCACCACCCCUUGAAUCACAGGUCCAGCAGGUAUUUGUCUCCCCUCAGGUGAUGGUGAGCCAUGAUGGAUCUGCUGGGAAGAAUGUUGAAGAACAUGCAAGGCAUUUGGAGUCUCAUGAGAAAGCUUCACAGGUUGCACCUCUAAGCAAGGGUCAGAUUUUGCCAGAAGGUGAACCCUUGACAGGAGAAGGGAAAACACAUACAUCUGCUCCUCAUGCCCAAGGGGGGUUGGCUGUAACAAAGGAGCCUAUUCAUAUGGGAUCUUCUGGGAAGGAAGAAGUGCAAAGUACUACAUUUUCUGUCAAGUCAGAGCAAGAAGUUGAACAUGUGGGUAUGAAGAUUCCUGUUAAAGGUGAUUUUACAGCAGAUAGGGGAACUCUUCAACCUCAGGUGUCUGUAUCAGAUGCUAUGCAAGCUAAGAAAUCCAAUGAAGUAAGCAGUAUGCUACAGCCAAAAGAUGUUAGCCCCAUAAGAAAGUACCACGGACCCCUGUUUGAUUUCCCUUUUUUUACCAGGAAACAUGAUUCCCUUGGUUCAGCCAUGGUUAUCAGUAACUUAGGUAAUUUAAAACUGGCAUAUGAUGUGAAGGAUCUUCUAUUUGAGGAAGGAAUUGAAGGAUUGAACAAGAAAAGGAAAGAAAAUCUCAAAAAGAUUGGUGGGUUGCUGGCAGUGAAUUUAGAAAGGAAGAGGAUCAGGCCAGAUCUCGUUCUGAGGUUGCAAAUUGAGGAAAGGAAGCUUCGGCUUUUGGAUCUCCAGGCAUGUGUAAGAGAUGAAGUUGAUCAACAGCAACAAGAGAUAAUGGCAAUGCCAGACAGGCCUUACCGAAAAUUUAUUCGGUUAUGUGAACGACAACGUACGGAGCUAGCCAGGCAAGUGCAGCUCUCUCAGAAGGUCAUGAGAGAGAAGCAACUAAAAUCCAUCUUCCAAUGGCGUAAGAAGCUUCUUGAAGCUCAUUGUGCAAUCCGUGAUGCAAGGACAGCUCGUAACAGGGGAGUUGCCAAAUAUCAUGAGAGAAUGUUGAGAGAAUUUUCAAAGAGAAAAGAUGAUGAUCGUGAUAAGAGGAUGGAGGCAUUAAAGAACAAUGAUGUUGAUAGGUAUCGUGAAAUGUUGCUGGAGCAGCAGACCAGCAUCCCAGGUGAUGCUGCUCAGAGAUAUGCUGUUCUGUCAUCUUUUCUGACUCAAACAGAGGAAUACCUUCAUAAAUUGGGUGGGAAGAUAACAGCUGCCAAGAAUCAACAGGAAGUGGAGGAGGCUGCUACAGCUGCUGCAGCUGCUGCACGAUCUCAGGGUCUAUCAGAGGAAGAAGUUAAGGCUGCGGCAGCUUGUGCUAGAGAGGAAGUUAUGAUAAGGAACAGGUUCUCUGAGAUGAAUGCACCAAAAGAUAGUUCUUCUGUCAACAAGUAUUACAAUCUUGCACAUGCUGUGAACGAAAAGGUCACAAGGCAACCUUCAAUGUUACGGGCUGGAACUUUGCGUGACUAUCAACUUGUUGGGUUGCAGUGGAUGCUUUCUUUGUACAACAAUAAAUUAAAUGGGAUUUUGGCUGAUGAGAUGGGCUUGGGAAAGACUGUGCAGGUCAUGGCGUUGAUUGCUUAUCUGAUGGAAUUCAAAGGUAACUAUGGGCCACAUCUUAUAAUUGUUCCAAAUGCCGUUUUGGUUAAUUGGAAGAGUGAAUUGCAUAACUGGCUUCCAUCUGUGUCAUGCAUCUUUUAUGUUGGGGGGAAGGAUCAAAGGUCAAAGUUAUUUUCUCAAGAGGUUUCUGCAAUAAAAUUUAAUGUACUUGUUACAACAUAUGAGUUUAUCAUGUAUGAUCGUUCAAAGUUAUCAAGAAUUGAUUGGAAGUACAUCAUAAUUGAUGAAGCACAGCGGAUGAAGGACAGGGAAUCAGUUCUAGCACGUGAUCUUGAUAGGUAUCGCUGCCAGAGACGUCUACUUCUUACAGGCACUCCAUUACAGAAUGAUCUGAAGGAGCUUUGGUCACUUCUAAAUUUACUCCUUCCAGAAGUAUUUGAUAAUCACAAAGCAUUUCAUGAUUGGUUCUCAAAGCCCUUUCAGAGGGAUGGACCUCCACAUAAUGUGGAGGAUGACUGGCUCGAGACUGAAAAGAAGGUGAUCAUUAUCCAUAGACUUCAUCAGAUUUUGGAACCUUUUAUGCUCAGACGUCGUGUUGAAGAUGUGGAAGGGUCACUUCCACCCAAGGUGUCCAUUGUUUUGAGAUGUAGAAUGUCAGCCAUUCAAGGUGCCAUAUAUGAUUGGAUUAAAUCCACAGGGACCCUUAAGGUUGAUCCUGAGGAUGAGAUGCAAAGAGUUCAAAAAAACCCAAUGUAUCAGCCUAAAGUAUAUAAGACUCUCAAUAACAGAUGUAUGGAGCUCCGUAAAGCUUGCAAUCAUCCUUUGCUUAAUUAUCCUUAUUUUAGUGAUUUCUCCAAAGAGUUUCUUGUCCGGUCUUGUGGGAAACUUUGGGUCCUAGAUAGAAUCCUGAUAAAACUUCAGAGAACAGGACAUCGUGUGCUUCUAUUUAGUACUAUGACAAAGCUUCUUGAUAUACUGGAGGAGUACCUGCAAUGGCGACGGCUUGUGUACAGACGAAUUGAUGGGACAACUAGCCUAGAAGAUCGUGAAUCAGCUAUUGUGGACUUCAACUGUGCUGAUUCUGAUUGUUUUAUCUUUUUACUUAGCAUACGUGCUGCUGGCCGAGGUCUAAAUCUACAAUCUGCAGAUACAGUUAUCAUUUAUGAUCCUGACCCAAAUCCUAAAAAUGAAGAACAAGCAGUUGCUAGGGCCCACCGUAUUGGACAGAAGAGAGAGGUCAAAGUCAUCUACAUGGAAGCAGUUGUUGACAAAAUUUCAAGCCAUCAGAAAGAAGAUGAAUUUAGGAGUGGAUGUACAGUUGACCUAGAAGAUGAUCUUGCAGGUAAAAAUCGAUAUAUGGGCUCAAUAGAAAGCCUUAUACGUAAUAAUAUUCAACAAUACAAGAUUGACAUGGCGGAUGAGGUCAUAAAUGCUGGGCGUUUCGAUCAGAGGACAACACAUGAAGAGAGACGAUUGACCUUAGAGACAUUAUUGCAUGAUGAGGAGAGGUAUCAAGAAACUGUGCAUGAUGUUCCCUCGCUGCAACAGGUGAAUCGCAUGAUUGCCCGUAGUGAAGAAGAGGUUGAGCUAUUUGAUCAAAUGGAUGAACUGGAUUGGACUGAGGAGAUGACAAGGUAUGAUCAGGUACCAGAAUGGCUUCGAGCCAGCUCUAAAGAUGUAAAUGCAGCUCUCGCUAAUUUAUCUAAGAAGCCAUCAAAGAAUAUUUUGUCUGCCAGUCUUGGCAUGGAAUCCAGUGAAUUGGUUUCCGAUUUAUCUCAUAGCAAAACAGAGAGGAAAAGGGGACGGCCAAAGGGAUCAUCAAAUGGCAAAAAGCUCCCCAUUUAUAGGGAAUUGGAUGAUGAAAAUGGGGAAUAUUCAGAAGCAAGUUCAGAAGAGAAGAAUGGAUAUUCUUUGCAUGAAGAAGAGGGAGAGAUUGGUGAAUUUGAAGAUGAAGAAUAUAAUGGUGCUGUUGGUAUACCACCAUGCGAUAAGGACCAUGCAGAAGAUGGCCCAGUUUAUGAUGGUGAUUAUGAAUAUUCCCGGGCAUCAGAAGGUGCUAGAAAUAACCAUAUCUUUGAAGAAGCUGGUUCAUCAAGGUCGUCCCCAGAGAGUCGAAGAUUGGUGCAGAUGUUAUCUCCUUCCAUAUCUUCCCAGAAGUUUGGAUCUCUUUCUGCAUUGGAUGCAAGGCCAGGUUCUCUUUCAAAAAGGCUGCCAGAUGAACUGGAGGAGGGGGAGAUUGCUGUUUCAGGUGACUCUCACAUGGACCUCCAACAAUCUGGAAGUUGCGCUCAUGAUCGUGAUGAUGGUGAAGAUGAGCAGGUUUUGCAACCCAAAAUAAAACGGAAGCGUAGCAUUCGUCUUCGCCCCAGACAUAAUUUGGAGAGGUGUGAAGAGAAUCUUAGCAAUGAAAAGUCUUUUCUCCAGCAUGGAAGUUCAUCUCAGUUGGCAUUUCGUGUGGAUGGUGACUAUGAAGCAGAAUUGAGAACUGGUCCUAAACUAGAGGUAUUUGGAGACCCUGUUGAUCUCAGGCAAGAUCCAAGUGAUUCAACUUUGAAAAGUAGGCGGAGUUUUCCAGCAAGAAAAGUUGCAAAUUCUUUGAAGUUGCAUGUUAUUCCAAAAUCUGGUAGCAAAUUAAAUGGUACAUUGAGGCCCACAGAGGAUUGCACUGAACAUUCUAAAGAAAGUUGGGAUAGUAAACCUAUGAACACAAAUAGUGUUGCUUUCUUUAGCUCAAAGAUGUCUGACAUUAUGCAGAGAAAGUACAAGAAUGUAAUCAGCAAGCUUCAGAGAAGAAUUGAUAAAGAUGGUCAUCAAAUUGUACCUUUGCUAACGGAUUUGUGGAAAAGGAGUGACAACUCCAGUCACAACGGUAAUGAUGGAGGGACUGAUUUCUUGGAUCUAUGGAAAAUUGAUCAACGUGUGGACAGAUUAGAGUAUAAUGCGGUGAUGGAAUUUGUUGCAGACGUUCAGUCCAUGUUGAAGAAUGCGAUGCAGUACUUUGGUUUUUCAUAUGAGGUGAGGUCAGAAGCAAGAAAAGUACAAGAUCUCUUCUUUGACAUUAUGAAGAUUGCAUUCCCGGAUGCAGAUCUACGGGAAGCGAGGAAUGCGAUCUCAUUUUCUGGACCAGGAGCUUCCCCAGUCCUGUCUCCGAAACAGGGUGUCACUGGCCAAAGCAAGCGUCAGAAACUGAUCAUUGGCGUGGGGCCCGAUACGAAUCCUCUCUCGAAGAUAUUGCCAUAUGCCCCAACCUCUGCUGAUGAUGACACAAGGGUUCGAGGCCAUAUGUCAAAGUUUCAGGACUCGUGGCUUGUACGGGAGCUAGGUCAGCAGCAGCCGGAUGAGACGAUGACAUUUACUCAUCCAGGGGAGUUAGUCAUAUGCAAGAAGAAGAGGAAAGACAGGGACAAGUGUCUGUCGAAGUCAAGGACUGUCCCUGCAUCAGAUUCAACAUCACCGCCCAACAUGGGCCGCAAUGUUAGGGGUCCAGGUCCAGGCCCAGUUCCAACGCAGAAGGACGUGAGGUUGAAUCAGUCUUCUACCCUUCAGCAUGGGUGGCCCCACAAAACACCACAAGCCAAUAGUGAUGGCGGGAGUCAGGGUUGGGCGAAGCCUGUAAAGAAAAUGAGGACAGAUGCUGGUAAAAGAAGACCAGGCCAAUUAUAAUAUGAUACGAAGUGUACAUAAUUAUACAGCAAAAAAAAAAAAAAAAAUUGUUCGUAUUAAUUUUAGGUGCAAGGUGCAAGAUGUAGUGUCUCUUGUGGUUUUGUACAAGUGAAAUUGAGCUUAUUCUGUUCAAUACAACAUCGUAGCCCAUAAUCUCCA